AUGCAGCGCUUCGCAAAUCCGCUUCUCAGGCAGAUCAUUCACAGGGACUGCUUUGAUGGUGCUUCAAAGAGACAGUGCCUGCAGUAUUUAAGAGCUCUGAGGGCACUGCAGCUUAACAGUUUCAACACCAUUUUUCUAGGGGAAACAGAUAUUCCAGAAAGUCUUAUCACAGGAGAAAGAGUAGCCGAGGAGGAUGGCCUGCGCUGGCCAGUAUGGACAAUUGUUCACGCCGGUAGCAACCAAGGGUGGGUGCCCUGGAGGUACAAAAUUCUUUUAAGAGGCGAUUUGCCCACCCACCGGCAGAACGGCAUCUUUCAGGAGUUGUGUGAUACCCUGGCCAUGUCCUAUGGGAAGUGCGUAAUUGUGAUGAGAGACAAAAGGCAGCUGAUGCAUGGCAGGGCAAAAGAUGGCAAGGAGACAGAGAUGGGGACUCUGCCACCAGUCCCACCAGCGAGCUACAUGUCCAGCAUUGCAUGUUGCCCUGAAGUUGCUAGAGCCAAUGGCCAUGAGCUUCUUGUUGUGCCUUCAUCUUACAGCUAUCUCUACCCUCUGGAUGUCACCUGGUCUUCUCUGAAAUGGUUUGUUAUGAACAACAGGAAGGACUUUGCCCUGAGGUCUGUUGAGAGGACCCAAUCCUAUAGGUGCAUCCUCUUCAGUGAUAUGAUUGAUAAAGGAAUAGAGAGGAUGACCUCAAACAAAUGGAAGGCAAUGAUUAGCAGAGUGAAGAGAUGGGAGAACUACUACCUUGACACACUUUGUUAA